GGGGCGGAGUAUCAACGGUGUACUAAUAUAAACUUCAAUGAAGCCCCGCUCUUUGGGGCUGUUCGGGUGUCACAUUAAACGCAUCAAGACGAUACAGCAAAAAAAGUAGAGUACAGCUGCGGGGAGCUGCCAAUCAAAACAGGCCGCGCGAUGACGCGCAUUGAGUUUUUUAACGCAGAAGAGCAGCCGAGCGACGAGAAGAAGUGAGAGAAGAGCAGAGAGAAAACAGGCUGGCUGCGUCGGCGGCCGGGGGUGGGGGGGAGAAGAUGCCUUCUCCAUCAUUUACCCUGGAUGCUCAGCUGAGGUUUCAUGACAAAUGGCUGAAGAUCGAUUUACAGAGAGCCUUUUCUCCUGAGGGUCUGAGUGAGAUGUGGAACGAGAUGGUCAAAGACGAGGAGAUCACCUUCAGUGGAGGAGAAGAUGCUGCUCACCCUGACUGUGACUGCUUUGGAGCUCAGAAGAAAGACGAAGCCAACGACAAAGAAAAGAAAGAGGAAGAAGAGACGUCAGCUUCUGUCCAUCACGCCAUCAUCGAGUCCUGGGACUGGGGACGACAGCCAGGUCAGAGCAGGAGCUCCUCCUUCUCCUCCUACUCAUUCUCUUCCUCCUGCUCCUCCUUCUCCUCCUCCGUCACCUCCUUUAUCACUUUUAUCACUGUCCCUGUCUUGUUGUUGUUGAUGGACGUGGAGUGGAGUAUUAGUGUUAAGCGCGCCACCUGUCUGUUGAUGAAAGAGAAGAUCAAGUUAUAAAGUACUGGCUGGAGACCUCUGUCUCCAGGACUGAUCCAGUCCAGAUCCAGGACUGAUCUAGUCCAGA